UCCCUCGUAGUCAUCGAUACUACUGAGACAGAAGAAAGGAGGAAAAAAAAUAGAACAUGGCGGCGCUGUGGUUCAUCAGAGGCGGCUUGGCGGCGGUUCUGGCGGUGGUUUUUUGUUUCAUGUCGCCGCCGCCCGUGGAAUGCCUCGUCCGCCAUUACAAAUUCAAUGUGGUGAUGAGAAAGGUUACGAGACUUUGUUCAAGUAAGCCAAUAGUUACUAUUAAUGGAAAGUUUCCAGGUCCCACUAUUUAUGCUAGAGAAGACGACACCGUUUUGGUUAAAGUUGUUAACCAUGUUCCAUACAACGUUAGCAUUCAUUGGCAUGGCAUUCGACAGCUGAGGACAGGAUGGGCGGAUGGGCCGGCCUAUAUAACACAGUGUCCACUUCAAACAGGACAAAGCUAUGUAUACAACUUCACCAUCACCGGCCAGAGAGGCACUCUUUGGUGGCACGCUCAUAUUCUUUGGCUCAGAGCCACUCUCUAUGGUGCAGUGGUCAUUUUGCCCAAACUUGGAGUUCCUUAUCCAUUUCCCACGCCCCAUAAGGAGCUGGUUCUUAUAUUGGGUGAGUGGUGGAAGUCUGAUGUUGAAGCUGUUGUUAAUGAGGCUGCUAAGUCUGGUUUGGCUCCUAAUGUUUCUGAUGCUCACACUAUCAAUGGUCAUCCUGGUCCUGUUCAUGGUUGCCUCACUCGAGGAUUCAGUAUGCCGGUACAACCUGGUAAGACAUAUUUGCUGCGUAUCAUCAAUGCUGCACUGAAUGAAGAUCUAUUCUUCAAGGUUGCUGGCCACAACCUCACUGUUGUCGAAGUAGAUGCUGCAUAUACGAAGCCUUUCAUCACCGACACGAUUGUCAUAGCACCCGGCCAGACCACAAAUGCACUUUUGACCGCCGACCUUAAAAGUGGCAAAUAUGCUAUUUCAGCAUCACCUUUCAUGGACACCCCCAUUGUUGCUGUUGAUAAUGUGACUGCCACCGCUACUUUACAUUACACGGGGACAAUUUCUACUACUCCUACCAGUUUCACUGGCCUACCUCCCCAAAACGCUACUCUAAUUGCAACAAAGUUCACAAACUCCUUAAGGAGCUUGAACUCAAAACAAUACCCUGCUAGAGUAUCAUUAGAAGUUGAUCAUUCCUUGCUUUUCACAGUUGGCCUUGGCGUUAACCGUUGCAAAACUUGCUCAAGUGGAAACCAGUUGGUGGCUGAUAUAAACAAUGUGACAUUUGUUAUGCCAACCAUUUCACUCCUUCAAGCUCAUUACUUCAAUAUAGAUGGUGUUUUUACUGAUGAUUUUCCUGCAAAUCCACCAAUAAGAUACGACUAUACAGGGAAGCAGCCAAGCAACAUGCAGACCACGAAAGGGACUAGGCUAUAUAGAUUGGCUUACAACUCUACGGUUCAAUUAGUUUUACAAGACACUGCAAUGAUAGCUCCAGAGAAUCAUCCAGUUCAUCUUCAUGGAUUCAACUUCUUUGUUGUUGGAAGUGGCUUAGGAAACUUCAAUCACAAGAAAGAUCCCGAGAAAUUUAAUCUUGUUGACCCUGUGGAGAGGAAUACAGUGGGGGUUCCUUCUGGUGGAUGGGUUGCUAUCAGAUUCAGAGCUGAUAAUCCAGGGGUAUGGUUUAUGCAUUGCCAUUUGGAAGUGCACACCACAUGGGGAUUGAAGAUGGCAUUUGUAGUGGACAAUGGCAGAGGGCCAGAAGAGUCUCUUCUUCCUCCUCCAAGUGACCUUCCUAAAUGUUAGGUGAGCCUAAAGCCCCAUGGAGUUGUUUAAAAUGUAAAUGCAAAAGAAAUCUGAAGUAAUAUUGGAAAGGCCCUAAAAGGCCAAGAGUUCUUUGCUUAAUUAUAUAUAAUACAAAUUUGAGAUUCUUGUUUGUUUUGCUUGAGGGUUAUCCAAUUGUGAAGGGCAAAUGAGUCUGGUUCAAUGGCAAGCAAUUUUCUUUCUUUCUUUUAUUUGGGGUUGUAGGGGGAAAUUUUAAAUUUAUAGACUGCAUUCAUUGUUGUAUAAAAUUCAAUUCAACACAAUUUAGCAGUGCCUCUUAACCUUUU